UACAGAUACAAGAUUUUGCAGCAUUGAUAAGAAACCCCUUAAAACCAAGCAAAUUCCCUUAUGCCAAAUCAAUUCCCUUGCCUUGCUUCGAUUGCAAAAAUUUCAUUCGCUAUAAAAUCGGGAAAAUGUCCUGCAAAAUAUAACACUUUUAUAAUGAAACUCCACCGAACCGUGACUUGGCUGCUCCUGUCGCUGCUCCUGAGUACUCCUGGAGAGGCCAGCCUGUGGCCAGAUCAGCAUCCCAUGGAGGAGCUCCUAACCAUGCGCAUCUCUGGAAUAUUGCAGGAGAUCUUCACGAAUGCCUUUGCUGCCCACAAUUUGAGUGUCUUCAUUAGCACCGCCUACAAGCAGAUGGCCAGGGAUCGGGUGAAGCUGGUCCAGAGGGUCCUGGAUCACAGUCUGGGUCACCAUCAGUCGGCAGUGCCCAUUGUGUUGGCUUCCCGUCUCUCGCACAAGAUGAGCUGCCAGGUGCUCAUCCAAUUGCUGUUUGUUCAGUGUCCCGAGGAAGCUAUAGCCAUUGCAUCGGACUUGAAGAAGAACAAUCUGUAUGUGAUUGUGUGGCUAACAACCUUGCCGGAGUCUAGGCAAGGUCCUCCAAUGUCCAAGAUAUUCGAGUACUUUCUGCUGGAACGCUAUAACAUUAAUGUGGUCAUUCUAGUUCCAAGUCUCCAUGCUGUUCGAGCCUACAAUGUUCGGCCAUACACACCCACAAAUUGCAUGAGCUUGGAACCGGUGGAGAUUGGGCUAAAGAAUGUCCGCAUUUGGAGUCUCUUUCCGAAGCGAUUGAAUGACCUAUACGGUUGUCCCUUAAGCGUGAUUGUAUGGGAUAUACCACCCUACAUGACGGUGCACUGGGAGCGAAGUAAGCUGGCGGAGCAACUGGAGGGACUGGAUGGAUUGCUGCUACAGAUCGUGGCCGCCAAGAUGAACUUCACCCUGCGACUGGUGCGAAAUGAGCCAGAGGGUUUGAUCGGUGGUUCCAGCCACUUGAAUGGUAGCUUCACUGGCGCCUAUAAGAUGCUCCGCGAGCGGAGGGCAAACUUCACGAUUGGUUGUGCCGCCUGUACACCGGAGAGAUCCACCUAUCUGUCCGCCACUGGUCCCUAUAGCCAGAUGGCCUACGUGAUUGUGAUGAGGCCGCGGAGUGGCUAUAGCAUCUACGAGGUAAUGCUUUUCCCCUUCAAUCGCUAUGCCUGGCUCCUACUGGCCUCCCUGGCCAGCAUUCACUGGCUCCUGGGCAGCCGCUGGCGCCUGCCUUCACCCGCUCUGGCCGGCUGGAUGCUCUGGAUUUUUGUGAUCCGUGCCAGCUAUGAGGCAUCCGUGUUUAACUUUAUACACAAUUCACCGGUGAAGCCACUCCCGCAGACCUUUGAGGAUAUGCUGCAGGCGGGAUUCCAUUUCAUAACCGAUCAUGCCACCUAUCGGAUGACCCUGAAGGUGCCAGCGUUCCAGGGCAGGACUCUGAUUUCGCCAGGACAGCCGGUGGAUGUUUUCGAUGCUCUGCUGAAGGAGCCCGGCUUGGCCGGCGCCUUCACCAGUCGCGCUUUCUUGGCUCAGCAUUUAACCCGGCAUCGGAAUGAACGCCACCGAUUGGUGAUUCUUGCCGAGAAGAUGCUGGACAACAUGCUGUGUGUAUAUUUUCCGCGUGGCUCAUACUUUGCCUGGGAGUUCAAUGAGAUCCUGUUCAACAUGCGCAGCUUUGGUUUAUUUCAACAUCACUCACAGCGGCUGGAUUGGGGUAGCAUGCCGUAUACCUCGGAUUCCUUGGGCAGGUCCUACUCCUCCGCCACUGAGAGUGCAGCCCAGGGCCGUGCCGAAUCCAUGGGCUUUGUCCUGGCCGCCUUCAACUGUCUGCUGGCUGCCCACGGUGUUUCCUUGGCGCUGUUUGGCCUGGAGCUGCUCAGUCGAAGGAGGCCAAGCUGGCGUGGAUUAGCCUGGCUAAUGGAGAGAUUGUAA